GUUAUUGCCAGAAUCGUAGAUGGGAGUAAAUUUGAUGAGUUCAAGGCGAUGUACGGAGAUACUCUUGUCACAGGUUAGGUCAAUGUCCCAUGGUAGCCCUAAAGGGUGUUUUUUCGGAUAAUUUUACGGUUCUGUGAAACUUUUUAGGUCAAUGUUGGUUUAGGGGAUGGGUGAAGGGAUAUCCGCUUUUUGUCGUCUAUCGCCCCAUGUAAGGGAAUUUGGAUUCCGGAAUCCGGGAAUUUUUUGCUUGUGGGAUCCGGGAUCCGAGAAAUUUCUCUUGUAAAAUCAGGAAUCCUGGGCUUUGGAAUCCGGAAUCCAAGUUCCACUGGCAAAGACUUUGGAAUCCAGAAUCCAUGCAAUAGUGUCUUGGAUUCUUUUACAUGGGGCGACUUCUAGUCAAGAACAGUUUCAGACAUGGUAGAGAGGUUAAUCACCACAUUUACGGCAAAUGGCAAACUAUUUCUUCCCUUUAGUUGUUUGUUGUCUUGUGUGUAAAUUCAGUCCUCCAUGGCAUCCGUCGAAGGCGUGAAACAUUCAUCGCUACAGCGUUCACAGACAGUCGGCUUUCUGUAAGCUGAAAUGACUUCUGGCUCACCUCCUUAGUGGAGGCGUGUGUGGCCGAGUGGUUAACGCCUCGAACUGCAGAUCUGGAGGUCCGGGGUUCAAGCCUCGCCCGUCGCGUUGUUUCCUUAGACAAGGAACUUUACUCCAAUUUGUCUCUCUUCACCCAGGUGUAUAAAUGGGUAAAGGCGAUAUACUGCUGGGGGGUAACCCUGCGAUGGACUAGCAUCCCGUCCAGGGGGGAGUAGCUUUAUUCAUAGGCUUGCUUCAUAGUACGGAAACCGGAAAUAAGCUUCUGCCGUGUGGGCUUUUGGCUCGUGUGCGACUUUACCUCACCUCCAGCAAUUGUUUUAUGUCUAGCAUAAUAGAAACCGUCAUACUGAAGCAUAUGAUCCCUAACGUAUUUGACAACGGUAGAAAACAGUCAGUUUUUAUUCACGUCACGGGAAAAGGCAAACGUGAAAUGGUGGGAAAAAUUGAUCACGAGGCCAUUCUCUUCCUUUUGUCUUUUGUCUUUUGCCGUUUGCCGUAAAGGCAUUUACAGUACUGUCAGUUUUUUCCCUUUCUUUUCUUUUCUUCCAAAGGUUUUGCUCGCAUUCAUGGCUAUCCCGUGGGAAUCAUUGGCAACAACGGGGUUUUAUUUUCUGAAUCAGCCCUGAAGGGAACACAUUUUAUACAGCUUUGCUGUCAACGUAAAAUACCGCUUCUAUUUUUGCAGAAUAUCACAGGUAAAUAUGACGACCUCCUUGAUCGUGCUUGAAUUCAAGCAGUAUCUAGGUUUUCGCGGACGGACGUCUUUGCUGGCUCUGUUGGCCAGUAGCGUUACGUGCAAUGUAAAUUUUUCAUAACAAAAUGUCGAGUACGAAGGAAAAAACCUUUGCAAUAAUACUGAUGAGGCCAAGAAAUUGUUACAGACACUUCACUUAACAGUGUCGAUGGUCAUAUUUCGUGCUUGGGCACCUGUGAUUUAUUUUUUCAGGUUUUAUGGUUGGUAAAGAUUACGAGGCUGGUGGCAUCGCUAAAAAUGGCGCCAAAAUGGUGACGGCUGUGUCAUGCGCACAAGUUCCCAAGAUUACUGUUAUUAUUGGUGGAAGUUUCGGCGCGGGAAAUUAUGGGAUGAACGGCCGAGCAUACGGGUAAGAAUACAAAUGAGACACAAAGAAAAUGGUGCUUUGUAGUGUAUAAAAUGCAAUGUAUGUACAACCUCGUCCCCAGGCUUUUCCCUUAGAAAAUGGAAGGGGGCGCUGCUACAGUGAUAUGGGCAUCCCCUUCUCAUAUUACCUUAGCGAUUUGGGUUAGCGUUAGGGUUAGGGUUACAGGGGAUGCCCAUAUCACUAGGGUUUUGGGAAUGGGGAUGCCCAUAUCACUGUGACAGCGGCCUCCUAUUUGCCAUUGGAAAAGCCCUGGAUGCGAGGUUGAAUGUAUGAGUAAAGGAAAUUCAAAAUUGUAAUGGUAUAGAGUUGGUUUUGAGCGAUAUUGGCCUCGUUGUUCUCAUGGAAGUCAGCGCAUUUGUGGUUGAUUUAGUUUAUCUGUUUUGUUUGAUUCCUCGAUCUUUGUAACCUACAAGACGUAUAUUAUCAUGUUAUCUCAUUGGUUGAAGCCCCACUGGAGUCAAAACGCGACUUUCUAAUCGAAAAGCCUAGCCUAUAACCAAUUGAAAGUAAUUACAAGAAAACAAACCAAUAAAAUUGAGAACCAAGUUCCUGUCGCGGGCAUCAAGAGCGGGAAUCUGGGAAAACGCGUGCGACCUUUACCUAGUCACAAUUCAUUGCGGAUUGGUUGGCAUUUGAGUAGAAAUUUCUUCAGUGAAAGGGACUUUUUUUUGUUGCCUUUUAGACCUCGGUUUCUAUAUAUGUGGCCUAACGCUCGCAUUUCAGUGAUGGGUGGAGAGCAAGCCGGUACAGUGCUGGCAACUAUCACCAGAGAUCAGAGAGCAAGGGAAGGAAAAGAGGUCUGUAUAUUGAGCGUACAUUAAAUUAGCCAAUUCCUCUUUUCAUGAGAAAAAAAAGAAAAAUCACUAGAAGAUAUUUAUCUUUAGUGGCUUUAUCCAGUAUUUCAUCCUCAGCAGUGAGGACCACCUUGUACAGCACAACAAACAGUACCACAAGAAAGUACUGCUCAGUAGCUUUAGAAUUUCACCCACAGAAUAAUCUUGUUCAGCAUUGUACACUGCACCAAAAUAGACUAUUCUCGAGGUCCUCUAUAUAAUUACUUGAUCAACUGAUGUGCCUCACUUUCGUUGUAUUUCAUUUAUUAUGUUCAUAUGAAAAGACGAGCCCACUGGGCUUUAUAAAGGUCUUUAGUAACUUUAAAAAUCGCGCUUCAGGAUUUCAAGAGGGAAACAACGUUUCUAUAUGAGGAAGUAUUCAUCAAACAGAAGAAAGUAUUCCCCUCUAGAUUCGUCUGCAAGGUUUCUUACCUCUCAUCUAGCUAUUACAGUGUGCAUGUCUUGUUUCAUUUUAUAGCUUACUGUGGAAGAAGAAAAUCAAAUCAAAGAACCUAUAAUAAAGAGAUUUGAAAAAGAAGGCCAUCCAUAUUUUUCAUCCGCAAGGUAGGCUGCCAACUACAAGAGUAGGUUAAGCGAAAUUAGAGUCCUGCGAUACAUUUUUCACAUUUCAGUUACGCACAUCAGGAUCAACGUGAAAUAAAUUGAAGAUGUUCAAUGGCUGUGCGGAGAUACGGAAUUUCUUUUUGAUUGUUAUCAUGAGUGAGCGCAGCAAACGAGUAAACCCAUUUUCAACACGAGAAGGGAAAUUUUGUACCUCCUAGCGGCCAUGUAAUGUUCUAUUUAUUAUAUAAACACCAAUGAAAUACCAAACUAUUUCACUUCACUUUUUGCUGUGAAAGACGCGUUUUAUUAUGUGGCCAUACCAACGGUAACCUUUUCAUAAGUAAAAAACACACAUAUUAUUUUCGCCUAUGAAGAUAAUCAUGUUUUCGCGCGAAAGUUCACCAAGUAUUUCAUUAGUGCUUAUAUGUAAUGAUAUCAUUUUUAAAUAUUAGAGAAUGAGAUAACUUUGGGUUUAGAAUAAAAGGGGUGAGUUCUUCUUUACUUUUGUUCCUCAAGUUAACAAAAAUAUAUGAUCACAUUUUACAGGUUAUGGGAUGAUGGUGUUAUCGAUCCAGCGGACACUCGUACAGUCCUGGGUCUGAGUUUAAGCGCGGCACUCAAUGCUCCAAUAGAAGAUACCAAAUUUGGUGUGUUUAGAAUGUAA